AUGAAAUAGAGCAUCGAUCCUAGUGAUAGUGCAAAUUAAAUCACUUAGCUUUGUCUAGUUUACUCUCCGGAACCAUAAACUAAGACAUUGCUUAGUCCUAAGGAUUUUAGAAUACGGAAACCAGCUCCUUUAGUCCUAAAACCUAUGUUAUGUGAUCAAUAGGAGGACUCUUAAAAGGCAGUGGGAUGUGAAUACAAUUUUAAAGACUUGAGAUUGGGAAAGAAGAUUGGUAGUGGAGCAUUUGGAGAUGUUUUUGUAGGAUUCAUUCAAGGUAAAUUUAUUGCAGUAAAAUAAAUGGAUGGUAAGUAAUUAAUAGAAUCAGUGGAUAAUGAGAUUAUAAUUCUAUCGAAAUUGACUCAUAAAAACAUUGUAUAAUAUUAUGGAUACAUGAGAGAGGCAGGGAUGCUAAAUGUUUAUUUGGAAUACAUGGAUGGUAAUAGUAAACACAUUAAAAAUAGGUGGCAGUUUGUCUGAUAGAUUAAAAUAGUUUGGAAAGUUUAAUGAAACUUUGAUAAGAAAAUUUACAAUUCAAAUUUUGGAUGGAUUAAUUUAUUUGCAUCGUCAGGCAGUUGUGCAUAGAGAUUUAAAAUGUGGGAACAUUCUUUCAAAUUAGAGAGGGUAAAUAAAGAUAGCUGACUUUGGAUCAUCGUCAUGGAAGGAAGCCAUCAAUUUGUCAGAUACUGAAUUUUGUUAGUCUAUGAAAGGGUAUUAUUCAGUAAAAUUGUAGUUCUUUUAAAUGGAUGGCUCCAGAACUGCUUUUGAAGGAGAAGAAAUAUGGGAGAAGAGUCGAUGUAUGGAGUUUGGGAUGCGUGAUAAUAGAGAUGGCAACAGCAGAACAUCCAUGGUACAUACGCAUUUUGUAUUGAGAUUAGGCCAAAUAUAAAAUCUUUAGCUUAGUUGUUAGAGGCGAUUUAGAAUUUGAAAUGUCCACCAAUACCCACUCAUCUCUCGAAAGAAUGCUAAAACUUUAUAAAAAGAUGUUGUACUUAUAAUAAAGACCAAAGACCACAUGCCGAAAUAUUAAAGGAAGAUCCUUGGAUAAAAAAGGAAAUUUGA